UCUUCUAAACAUACACCGUGUGGCACACUAUAAGCUUUGGCUUAUCACUAACCACAGUACCCCUACAUCCUGCAGGCCUUCAACUGUCCCACACCACUCUAUAGUAGCUCAAAAUGUACGUUUCCUGCAUGUCACUUCUCUGAUGGUUUGCCCAUGUGUGACGACAGUGUGAGGAUGCAAUGUGGGUGUCAUGAUAGUGGAACAGAAGUGUGAACAUGAGCAGUGUGGUUUCUCUCAUUUCCUGUUCUGAGAGUGAGUAUGUGACAGUUACUGAAUUCAAAGACAACAGAGGAGGAGAAACGAUAGAGGAGACAUCAGGCUGCUGGGUUCUUUGAACAUUUUCAGUUGAAGUUCAUCCACCAAAAUGGAGAUCCAAAAAGACCUCAGGAUGAGACGACCUCAGAUGGAGAGUUACGACCAAAAGCUGGAACAACGGGCAGCAAAACAUGAGUUCUUGAGAGAUCGCAACAAUAUGACGACAUGUCGCAGCCCAGGACACAAGCUGGAGGCAGACUGGAAGAGUGAGAUGCAGCAGAAAAGACAGAUAGAGUUCCAGAGAAGGAGACAGAUUGUCCAGGCUGCCACUCAUCAGGCUGAUGAAAAGCAGUCAAACAAGGAGGCCAAAGUCACGAUGAGGACCAACAGGCAGAGAGUGCCUCUCAUACACAGACAGUCCCUCAUAUCAGCAGAGGAUCUGGGGAUCACCUGGCCAGAUGUACACUCCAUCGGGAAGGCGACAUGGAUCACCUCACCACCACUGCAUGGGGCAGGAGGGAAAAACAAAAUAGGGCAGCUCCACUCUGACCUCUCACAGAUAUUCCCUCAAACACCACAGCAGCCCUCACUGAGGAAGAGUAUGGAUAUCAGAGAUAAAGUAGUUAAACAGGACCAGAGUGGCCUAGUAAUGUUAACCAGACAGCUCCAACAAAGGAAUGCCUGCUGUCAGACAGAGCAUGGCUAUAGCACUGUGAAGGAGGCUGACAUCGUUCAACUCUCUGAGUAUCUACAGGAGGCUCUGCGGCGAGAGGAUUCUCUGAAACAGAAGCUGUCUCUACUGCAGCACACCACCUCUACUCUACUGCUCUCACAUGACAAUGUCUGGAAGGUCUGUUGCAAAGAGGACAAGAUGAAGGGAAAGAUUGGGGCACUAGAGUCACAGCUGAAGAUCUGUGUGCAGAGGCUGUCCAGGGAUGGAGCCAAGAAGCUGCUGCUACAGUCGGAGCAGCAGAGGCAGGAGCUGGAGGAGAUGGCCGUGGCCUCACUCCAGAGGGUCACUGACCAAAAAAACAAGGCCCAGGACAGAGCUCACAGCCUGGAAAUGGCACUGCAGACUGCCCAGGUUGAGUCAUCACAGUGCCGAGAGCGCUAUGAAGAGGAGAGGAGGAAAUGCACCCAGCUGAGGACGUCUCUGGUGCAGAACAUAGACCAUAUAAACCUAUUACAGAGCCAACUAGAGAAAGUGAUGGGACAGGAUGCAACUCUGGAGAGUCAGCUGCUGCAGCACCGACACACUGAGGCUGAGCUCCACCUCAAGAUCAACCUCCUAGAGGACAACCUCCACACCUGCAGGACACAACUAGUGACAUGGAGACAGCAAGACACCAUGAAACAGCAGGAGAUUGUCAGAGGACAGCAACAGGACUCCAUAGCCCUGCCACAAAAGGACCAGCUGACAUCAUGUCAGUGAUUCUCUCGUUAACACAUGUGUGAGUGUUGACGAGGACAAGGCUGGAGAUCACUCUGUCAUGCUGAUUGAGUUCGAAUAACAGACUGGAAGCUUCAAAAGGAGGGUGGUGCUUGGAAUCAUUGUUCUUCCUCUGUCAACCAUGGUUACCUGCAAGGAAACACCUGCUGUCAUCAUUGCUUUGCACAAAAAGGGCUUCACAGGCAAGGAUAUUGCUGCCAUUAAGAUUGCACCUAAAUCAACCAUUUAACGGAUCAUCAAGAACAUCAAGGAGAGCGGUUCAAUUGUUGUGAAGAAGGCUUCAAGACACCCAAGAAAGUCCAGUAAGCGCCAGGACCAUCUCCUAAAGUUGAUUCAGCUGCGGGAUCGAGGCACCACCAGUGCAGAGCUUGCUCAGGAAUGGCAGCAGGCAGGUGUGAGUGCAGCUGCACGCACAGUGAGGUGAGGACUUUGAGGAUGGCCUGGUGUCAAGAAGGGCAGCAAAGAAGCCACUUCUCUCCAGGAAUAACAGACUGAUAUUCUGCAAAGGGUACAGGGAUUGGACCUCUGAGGACUGGGGUAAAGUCAUUUUCUCUGAUAAAUCCCCACUCCAAUUGUUUGGGGCCUCUGGGGAAAAAAGCUUGUCCGGUGAAGACAAGGUGACUGCUACCAUCAGUCCUGUGUCAUUCCAACAGUAAAGCAUCCUGAGACCAUUCAUGUGAGGAGUAGCUUCUCAGCCAAGGGAUUGGGCUCACUCACAAUUUUGCUUAAGAACAUAGCCAUGAAUAAAGAAUGGUACCAACACAUCCUCCGAGAGCAACUUCUCCCAACCAUCCAGGAACAGUUUGGUGACAAACAAUGCUUUUUCCAGCAUGAUGGAGCACCUUGCCAUAAGGCAAAAGUGAUAACUAAGUGACUCGGCGAACAAAACAUCGAUAUUUUGGAUCCAUGGCCAGGAAACUCCCCAAACCUUAAUCCCAUUGAGAACUUCUGGUCAAUCCUCAAGAGGCAGGCAGACAAACAAAACCCACAAAUUCUGACAAACUCCAAGCAUUGAUUAUGCAAGAAUGGGCUGCCAUAAGUCAGGAUGUGGCCCAGACAGCAUGACAGGGCAGAUUGCAGAGGUCUUGAAAAGGGUCAACACUGCAAACAUUGACUCUUUGCAUCAACUUCAUGUAAUUGUCAAUAAAAGCCUUUGACACUUAUGAAAUACUUGUAAUUAUACUUCAGUAUUCCAUAGUAACAUCUGACAAAAAUAUCUAAAGACACUGAGGCAGCAGACUUUGUGAAAAUUGUCAUUCUCAAAACUUUUGGCCACAACUGUACAUUAUAUAUCCACUAGCAGAUUUAAAUAAAAGUUGGAUUGCGUAAA